UCCGAAAAUUGUGUGAGUUUCGAGACACCACACGCCGCCGCAGCAUGGAGGAAGGCCGCGUGCACUUUGAGGACCAGCCGCAGCGCCAUGCGGCGAUCCUCGAAGCUUUGGAUCACGUCGAGAAUCAACUCGUGCUGGCGGUGCAGACGGCUGGCAGCGCCAUGGAGCACAUGGCCGCGAUCACGACCGAGGGCCGCGACGCCGAGUUCCAGCGCACGUCGACCGAGUUCCUCCAGCUCGUGCGCAGCAUCCACGCCGAGCUCGCUAAGCACGCGCACCUUGUGCAGGACUACCGCAGCUACGGCCGCAGCACGUACGGCGUCGAGAAGGACGCGGACCUGGCGCGCAAGAAGGUCAAGAUGAUCUUGGCGACGCUGCGCGACCUGCGGCGAUACACGGACGAGCACAUGAGCACCGAAUAAGAUGACGAAGAUGAUGAAGAAGAGCAUGAUUAGUUAGAUCAAGCGCUUGGGGAGGCGGUAGUGCUGAAAGUGCUCGUGCAGCUUUUG